AUGGAUUCACUGGUGGAAAAGCUCAAGCUCGUCAAGGUGGAGGGCGUCGACAAGGUUGUGUUUAUCCGCGGGAAGCAUGAAUUCACCAUCAACGAGGGGCUUCAGAUUUACUACAAUCCUAAAACGAAGACAUAUGUUGUCGGAGGGGAGCCCCGCAGUAACGAAAUGGCCAGCAGCCUGAAGCAAUACAUGCAGAUGAUGUACUCGCAGAUGGCACAGUCCGGAAACGCCCCUGGCGAGGCAGAGACUAACCCAGAGCCGGAGGGCUUCUCUGAAGAGGAUGUCAUGGCGGUCAUGGAACAGGGGAACGUCUCAAAGGACGAGGCAAUCCGUCUGCUCCGUGAAACAGGAGACGUCGGUAACGCGGUUCUUGCCGCGACCACCGAUGCAGACUAG